UACAGACAUACAGAGAUGUUGUGAUCAUCCCAAGACAGAAACAGAGAAAAAAGGACAUUGUCUGGUUUUCUUACAAGCCCUGUCGGAAAACUCAGAGAAUCUUUCUUAUAGGCAUUAACAUGGCUUCAGGAGGAUCAAAGUCGGCAGCUUUCAUGCUUCUGUUGCUGAAUCUUGGUCUCUACUUUGUAGUCACCAUCAUCGCUGCCUGGGCAGUUAAUCACGGCAUCGAGAGAGCUCGCGAGUCCGCGUCGGUGCUGUCUCUCCCGGCGAAGAUCUUCCCGAUAUACUUCCCGGUGGGGAACAUGGCGACUGGCUUUUUCGUGAUAUUCACGUUGAUAGCUGGCGUGGUCGGAAUGGCGACAUCACUCACCGGAAUCAUGAACGUACUUGAGUGGGACUCUCCGAAUCUCCAUUCCGCCGCAGCUUCCUCUCUCAUCUCCUGGUCUCUCACUCUCCUCGCCAUGGGAUUGGCUUGUAAGGAAAUCAACAUAGGCUGGACCGAAGCCAAUCUAAGAACUCUUGAAGUGAUGACAAUAAUAGUAAGUGGUACUCAGUUGUUGUGCACCGGAGCUAUUCACGUCGGAGUUGGAGAAACAGUCGACGCAGUAAGGCCUCAUGUCGGGAGAGCUUGAAUUUCUGGACUAAGAGACAAUUUAUAUAUUGGUUUGGUUGUAUUUUCCUUCUUCUUAAAAAACUGUUUACACAUAAACCGAGAGUUUGAGAUUGUGUAAUUUGUGUCUUGUGUGUGUAUAUUAUAAUGUUUUCAUCGUCUAUUGUAUUCAUUUAUUUUUAUUCUAUACCUUGAUUGUAUACGGCACUAUCUGAAACUAUGUAAAGACUCUCAUAUAUCCACUAAUUAAACUCGUUGGGUUAAUA